CAUCAAUACACAUGACAUAAUUCUCUCUCUAACUCUCAUCUCUCUCAAUAUUUCUCUUCAAUGUCUUGUCUUCUCCAUAUCUGAAUUCUCUCAACAUGGUAUCAGAGCAUACGGGUUAUUGUAGCUAGCUCAGUGUUGGAAGAAGGAGAUUGAAGAAUUGAGAGUGCGAUUUGAAGAACCGUAUGUGUUCUGUGUUCGAUUUUUUAACCUAGAAAUUGGAAAUUGUAUUUCAACCUAAAUUCAAUUGAAAAUUAAGACUGUGUAAUUUCUUUCGAACCUAAAUUCAUUUGAAAUUAGGGCUUCUAGUGAGAUUUGGUUGUUCGUACACUGUGAUAACAUUUCUAGCAACUUUUGUUCAAAACCUAGUGAAUUCUGCAAUAUUCAAUCACAGUUAUGGCGAUUGAUAAAGGAAAUACCAAUACGAAUGCUACUGGAGUCCAUAUUCAGAAUCAAAACACUCAGAAUGAUCAAUAAUCUGAGCAAGUUCAUCAUAAUCAUCCGCUGUAUAUUCAUUCUUCAAAUACUCAAGAUGCUCAAAGUAAAGAAGACUGAACCUGUUACAAAUGUUGCAAGGUUGAAUUUAGAAAAAAGUUCAUCAGGCAACACACCAGGUACAUCUGUUACAGCAGGUAAAGAGACAUAUCUUGGUCUUCUGUCUAAGUUAGUUGAGUCUAACUGGAUAGUUGACCCUGGUGCAUCUAAUCAUAUGGUGCACAAUAUAAAUCUACUCAAAAGGCAUAAGGUGUUGGAUAUGAAGAAUAAGAAUAAAGUAAGCUUACCAAAUGGAAAGCAAGUAGACAUAAGUCAUAUUAGUGAUGCUUCUAUUCUGCAGGAUAAAACAAUUCAGAAUGUUUUGUAUAUACUAGAAUUCAAAAAUAAUUUGCUCUCAGUAUCAAAAAUCCAAGUCACUAGGCUGUCUUGUGGAAUUUUUCCCUGAUUUCUGUGUCUUUUAAAGGUGGUCUGCCUAAGGAGAAUCAAGUGCAGUAUAAUAAUGCAUCUUCUACUUCUGUAUAACUAUCUGAUCAUUUUACUUCUAAUAAUGUCAAUAUUAGUAGCAUGAUUACUGAGAAUAAAAUGUGUGAUAUUUCUAUAUGGCAUAGGAGACAAGUCGUGCUCCACUCAAGGUAUUAGCUCAGAUUACUUUGUUACAUAGUAUGACACCUAAGGAUCAUCACUGUACUGUUUGUCCUAUUGCAAAGCAAUCAAGAUUGUCAUUUUCUACUAGUACAACUCAAUCUAAAUGUGUUUUUGAUUUGGUACAUGCUGAUGUGUGGGGUCCUUACAGCGUACCAACUUAUAAUGGUAAGAGAUAAUUUUUUACUCUGGUUGAUGACUAUUGUAAAUUCAUUUAGAUCUUUUUAAUGACUACUAAAGCAGACAUUAUUGUUCUUUCUAAAGACUUUCUUCUUAUGAUAAGAACUCAGUUUGACUGUAGGGUUAAGUGCUUGAGAACUAACAAUGGGACUGAGUUUCUCAAUGAACAGGUUAGUUUUUUUACUAAAGGAUCACAGUAUGCUCCAUCAGAUCUCUUAUGUUUACACACCCCAGCAGAAUGGGGUGGUGGAAACAAGGCACAAAACUAUCUUAGAUAUGGCAAGAGCCUUGAGAUUCCAAGCUCAUGUGCCCUUGAAAUUUUGGGGUCAUUGUGCUUCUACUGCUGUUUACUUGCUCAAUAUGUUACCAAGUUAGUUUUAGGUGGCCAGUCCCCUUAUAAAAGAUUGUUUCAUACUCCUCCAUCUCUAGAUCACUUAAGAGUGUUUAGUAGUUAGUGUUAUGCCUCUAAGGUCAAAAAGACAAACCAGUUUAGUCCAAGAGCAGUACCUUCUGUUCUAUUUGGUUAUUCCUCUUCUCAGAAGGGCUACAUUCUUUUUUACUUAAGUUCUCACGAUGUCUUUGUUAAUAGAGAUACUGUCUUCAAAUAACAUAUAUAUUCCCUUUCAAAACUUCUCAAUCUGAUGUCUCUCCUAUCUUUCUUGUCCUUACUCUUAGUAUUUAUGAUGACUAUGUUUCUACCACUGAUCAAAUACCUAUAGUGAUGCCCUCUCCACCUGAGUCUCCUGUUCCUGCAGAUGUUCAGGCUGGUCAUUUGCCUGAGCCUGCUUCUAUUCUUGAUCCACCAUCUGUUCCUCCUGUUGAUGUGAGAAAAUCUUCUAGAUCCACCAAAACUCCUGCCUGGAUAUCUGACUAUGUCAUUCCCUCUAAAGCCAUUACUUCUGCUCAUUCUCUGGUCAAUUUUAUGUUUUAUGAUCACAUAUCCCCUUAGCACAAGGCAUCUUUGCUUUCUCUGCUAUUAUUGAACCAAGAUCUUUUGCUAAGGCUACUAAGGAUCCACUAUGGACCAAAGCCAUGGAAGCUGAACUUGCUGCUCUAGAAGAUAAUCAUACAUGGUCUCUGGUUGAUUGUAAAUGGGUGUUCAAAGUAAAGUAUAAGUCCUCAGGAGAGGUGGAAAGAUACAAGGCCAGUAUCUAAGGGCUAUAGCCAACAAGAGGGGUUAGACUAUUCUGAGACCUUCUCACAUGUAGCUAAGAGGGUGACUGUCAGGUCUAUUAUUGCUUUAGUUGCUUCUUCUUCAUGGUUUGUGUUCCAGAUGGAUGUCUACAAUGCCUUUCUUCAAGGUGACUUGGUGGAGGAUGUGUAUAUGCACAUUCCUGAUGGCUUUGCAAGCCGAGAGAGUCACAGAGGAAAGUGUGCAAACUUCACAAAUCAUUAUAUGGUCUCAAACAGGCUCCUAGACAAUGGAAUCUAACUGAAGCUCUAAUAGAUAUGGGAUUUGUGCAGUCUAAUUAUGAUUAUUCCUUAUUUACUCAACAGAAGGAAAGUAGUAUUUUGAUUGUUUUGGUUUAUGUAGAUGAUCUGCUGGUGACUGGAAGCAAUCAUAAACUAAUUGAACAAGUGAGAAAAUAUCUUCAAACUAAGUUCAAAAUGAAAGAUUUGGGUGAAUUGAAAUACUUUCUAGGCAUUGAACUUGCCAGGUCUGAAAAGGAAAUUCAUCUGUGUCAAAGGAAAUAUGCUCUUGAACUAGAAAUGGGGUUGAAUGAUAGCAAGCCAUAUGGUACACCACUUGAAUUCAAUCACAAGAUCAAUCCAGUUGAUUAUGAUACUUUGUUUCAACCUGAAGUAGCUGAAUAUGAUACAGUAUUGUCUGAUAAAAGUAGUUAUCAGAGGAUUGUUGGUAGACUGUUAUAUUUGACCAUGACCAGACCUGAUCUUGUACUUGUGUGCAAGUUCUUAGUCAGCAUAUGCAUGCACCUAAGUCAUCUCACAUGGAAGCUGCUAAGAGGGUGGUUAGAUAACGGCCUUGGUUAUUUUAUGCCUGCAACUAGCAGUAUGAAGUUGAAUGCAUAUUGUGACUCUGAUUGGGGCUCACGUGUUGAAACAAGGAAGUCAGUUAUAGGGUAUGUGGUGAAAUUUGGAGAUGCUUUGAUAUCCUAGAAAUCGAAGAAGCAACUGACAGUGUCCAAGAGUUCAGUAGAGGCUGAAUUCAGGAGCAUGGCCUCUGUUGUGGCUGAAAUAACUUGGUUAAAUGGUUUGUUCAAGAAACUGGGCAGAAAUUUGGUGUUACCAAUAUCUCUAUUUUGUGAUAGCAAAGUUGCUAUACAAAUUGCAGCUCAUCCCAUCUUUCAUGAGAGGACUAAACAUAUUGACAUGGAUUGUCAUUUUGUAAGGGAGAAAAUUCAAGAAGGAUUGAUCCAGACUCAGCACCUUGGAACCAAAGAACAACUAGCAGACCUGCUCACUAAAGCUCCAUGCAAACCUACAACAUGAAUAUUUGGUAUGCAAGCUGGGAAUGAAGAACCUGUUUUCAUCCAUCAGCUUGAGUGGAGAGUGAAGAAGACUGUGGGACUAGUGAGGAAAUAACUUAAAAUUAGGGGAGUGGGAUGUAAAAUGUUAGUUAGUUACAGCUAUACAAAAUCAGUUAGUUAGAGUAGUUAGAAGAUAUUUUUAUAUAUACUCUGUACAGUUCAUUUUUCAUCAAUACACAUAUGAGAUAAUUCUCUCUCUAA